CCGGGGCCGGCGCGGAGGCUCUGUCCCGGCUGCAGAGGGUCCCUGGCCAUGCUGCGCCUGGGGCGGCUGCUGCCCGCGGCCCCGCGCCCCCCGCCCGCGCCCCGCCGAGCCGCCGGGGAGCCUCGCAGCCCGGGCACCCCCCGCGCUGAGCAGGCUCACAAGGUGGUUGCAAGUUACAAACCUUCGAACUUUGACAAAAAAAUCCUCCUCUGGACUGGACGUUUCAAGACAGAAGAAGAGAUUCCUCCAAGGAUCCCGCCAGAGAUGUUGGACAAGGCAAGAAACAAAGCUCGAGUUAAAGCUUGUUACAUCAUGAUCGGACUCUCUAUUGUUGCCUGUUUUGCAGUGAUUGCCUCAGCUAAAAAGGCUGCUGCACGCCAUGAGUCCUUAACAAGCUGGAACUUCGCAAAGAAAGCCAAGUGGCGGGAAGAGGCUGCACUUGCAGCAGAGUCAAAGACAAAGUAACUUUAUACAAAGUACCAAACCUCCUUGUAAGAACGAAAUUAACUGCUGCUGAGAGUGAAUAGUGAAUUUCAUCAAUACAUGUAACACUCUAGCAUUGCAGAGACUGGAGCCAAUAAGGGUAGUUACAGGAUCAUAAAAAGAAAGGGAGGGUUUCUUUUAUUAUGGAGAUACUCCAUGUGCUUGUUGCAAAUUAUUAAAAUUAGAAUAGUUGGAAAUUAUUAAAAGCAGUAGUUAAUUUCAAAGGAGAUGAGGCAGUUUCCCAAGAAUGUCAGAUAUCGGGGGAGCCAAGUUUCUACUAUCUGUCUUAAAAACUUUCUUUCAAGCUUAUCUUGAGCUGUUACACACGUAACAUGUUCCGUACAGAAAAACUGCGUUUCUCAAUAAAAGGUGAAACGCAGCCAUAACUGAGCAGUAGUGAAGUAAAGGCACAAAAAGCCUGCAAAACCAAGGAAAUUUAUGCAAUUAACUUCUGCAAUUCUAAAUAAAGAACAAACUAUCAUCAGCCAGAAUAUUACAAACCGUAUACAGUGAGAGGAUAAGGUGUGAAGUAAGGGGAGGGGAAAUAGCCUGAUAAUUCCACAAAUUCUCAGGUCCUUAUUAAUUCCAUAGGAAUUCCCAAAUAAGUGGUCAGUUCUGCCAGCAGACACGGGACUGUGAUUAUCCUACAAGUAUAUGUUUAAUACCAAGAUUUUUUUUGUAGGGUGACAGUGCCCAGUUUUAUGAUGCACAAAUCAGCCGGUUUGAAUUCAUUUGCCUCAAUGCUGUAUGCAAAACAGAAUUUGUGUUUUGUAGUUUAAGAAGCCACACUUACUGAAACACUAAAUAAAUACAAUCAACAUCUGUAAAAUAGGUUUUAUUGGUUUCUGUAUGGUAUUUGGAGGUUUAACAUUCCAUAAUAUUGCAUACUACUCGUGUUCUGUUACAGUAACGGGCCUUUGGCCUGGAUUUAGAGAUGCACUAUUACUACCUGAAGUUAGUAUAGGUAUUUUAGUUUCCACACAUUAUAUGAAGAUAUUGUGCCAUAAGUAACUGAAAUUUCUUAUUCAAGAUUUCAUUGAACUCUUGAGGUCACAGUUGAACUUCACAUAUCAAUUGGCAGACCUGUUACAAAAUUCAUCAGUUGUAAAAUUUAAUAAAUUCAAGACCUAACCAUGAAGGAAGGACAAUAAUGCAUCUUUUCUUCUUUUUUUUUUUUUUUUUAACACAGACCCGACAAUAAAUAUUUUCCAGUUGCAAACUUGUUCUACAGCUAACUUAUUUCUGUGCCAACAUUAUUAGUAUUUUCUGAUUGCUGCUAGCAAAAGUGUUUAAAGCAAGUACUAGAAAAUCAAAAAGCUGUAUGAACCAGUCCUCAGACAAAAGUGCAACAAUGAAAAAAUUAGAUAUGAUUCAGUGUAUCAAGAAUAGGGAACUAAAACAAAAAUAUCUUAUGCUUUGCAUAGUUGCAUAGAUCAGCUAGUUAGUAUUCACAUUUAAGCACACCAAAUUGUACCCUUUUAAUUAAAACAAAACCCACAAAACUCCAAACCCUGUGUUUUUAAACAGGUUUUGUAACUUAUGGGACAUUUCAGAUUCCAUAUAAAAUGCCAAACUUAGAUAUUUUCUUCUCUACAGAGUUGUUGGUUUUUUUUUGUUUUCAUUCUCUCUCGACACUGGUUUCAUCUAUUUAGGCAACAUCACCAUAUUAAUGCCCUUACCUGCAAGUGACUACACCAGAGCUGACCUUAAGUCAUCAUCUCUGGUUUUAUAUUCUUCAUUUAUGUGUUUUUAACAAAGUGUGAUGUAAACCCAGUGAUAAAAGAGGAGAGGCCAUCCUGUAUGUUCAUCCUUUAAAGAAGAAUUUUCAUUAUUAUUUUUUAAGUUUUAGGGUAAACCAAAUGUUGAGUUUAAACAAUGUUUUUCAUUAGCGAAAGUCUAUCAAUUUUAGUUCCCUUUUAAACUGUUACAUUUAAAUGUAUCAGAGGCAUGAAAUAGUUUAUCUAAAUGUGUAAAGUGCAGUCACUAACCAUUUAUACAGAAUAAUAUAUCCACAAAACUCAAGACAUUCUUUCAAAACAAAUAUAAUACUUUAAAUGUCCCCUCUUUUAAUUUUCAAGUGUUUUAAUCAAGAUAUUUAUAGUUCAGAUUUGGUUUAAAUUAGAGAGGCUUAUAAAUGCAGUUUUUACAGGGUUCUCCAAAUAAAAAACAGGCACAGCUGGUUAUGUAAUGUUAUCAAAAGAAGGUUGUUAGAAACAAUGGAAUACCCUGUUACCUGAAUAAUUUUUUUUACAUUAGAAGAACAACGAUAUUCAGCAUUUACUAGUAAUCCUGGUAGGUUUCCAUGACAGUUACCCUGUACUUUGAACAGAUGGGGGGGAAAGGAGGUCAGUAUAUGAAAACCUAAAACUAUGAGAGUAAAAAGGGCACAAAUACAAUCAUCUAAAAUUGUAAGAAAAUUUGGCAGCUGUACUCAGUAUUAUCACACUAUUCAAAAUUGUUGUAUGCUGUACAAAUCUAGGUUUAAAGUGUCAUUUG